AUGAAGAGGAAGUUCUCUUUCCAUCGGGCGUUGUUUUUCUCGUUCUUCUGUGCCUUUUGUUUCGUUUCGUGGCCUGUGUUGUCUCAAGAAGUCGACAAUGAGAGAGAGUUUGAUUAUGACGAAGAUGGAAUGAAAGGACCUGCCGGUUGGGGAGAUCUUAAACAAGAAUGGCAUAACUGUAAAAAUGGAUCCAUGCAAUCUCCUAUUGAUCUUUUGAACAAGAGAGUUCGAAUUGUACCCCAUUUUCGAGACCUCAAAAWCUACUAUAAGCCUUCCAAUGCAACACUCAAAAACAGAGGCCAUGAUAUAAUGCUGAAAUGGGAUGAUGGAGCUGGACAUAUCGAAGUGAAUGGAACUCAAUAUUUUCUUAAACAGUGCCAUUGGCACUCACCUUCUGAGCACACUAUCAAUGGCAGAAUAUUUGCUUUAGAAGCUCAUUUGGUGCACCAAAGUCUAUCUGGAGGUGUUGCUGUUAUUGGAAUUGUCUAUGACACUGGAAAACCUGACUAUUUCUUGUCCACAAUAAAGGAACAUUUGGAAGAAAUUUCAGAUACGAACAAAGAAAAGGUAUUGAAUGUAAUUGAUCCAUCAUUGUUAAAGAUGCAAAGAGGUCUGUAUUAUAGGUAUAUGGGCUCUCUUACGAUUCCUCCAUGUACUCAAAAUGUGAUUUGGACUAUUGUCAGAAAGGUUUGGACUGUUGCACCCAAACAAGUGGAGUUGCUUCGUGUUGCUGUUCACGAUGAUUCAAACACUAAUGCCAGACCUUUACAGCCUCUCAACAAUCGAGAGAUUAAACUUCAAUUUAAAUCACGCGAGGAGGAUAAUUGA